CACAGGGAGUUAAAUGUCCACGUCAACAAUGUCAGGAAAGUUAACCGUGGCAACGUGGGUAAUAAUCCCAGUUCACGCCAGUGUUCUUAGAGCUCAGAGAUGAACAGAUACGGCUGUAGUCAGGAUUUUAAGACGCGUCCUGGCUUGAUGCAGAGCCGGAGAUUAGGUUUUAAGAUAAAGACUACAAAGACAGUUUGGUGGUGUGUAGAUCACAGUGGUGGGAGGACGACCAAGAUAAAUGGCUCCUUCCCUAGACUCCCUGGACUUCCCUGAAAGGCUUGGAGGAAAUCAGGCCACUGUUUCAAUUUGUGAUGAUGCAAGACUCCACCAGACUGGGUUUUGUGGAAGAAGCUCCUGCAGCAGGCCUGGAGCUUUCUGCCGUGAUCUCAGGAAUCAACUCCAGAGUCUCACCCUUCAGUCAGACAGCAACCCCAGUUGUUCAAUCCCAGAAAAAUCAUGUGGGUUCUGGACAAAAUCCGGAGCUCAGUGGAGAACAAUGUGCCCCGGCAAGGGGAAGCAGGUGACCGACAGGACAAAGCUCCUACCUACAGCAAUGUUCUCACCCCUGACAAGAUCCCAGACUUCUUCAUACCCCCCAAGCUUGUCAGCUGUCCCCCAGAGGCUGAGUCACCGGACGUGAAGCCCAAGGAUGGCUUGCAUCCCUCGGCCUCCGAGCAAACCAUCGUCACAAAGGCGGAGAGCAUUCUCCACAGCCCCCGUCUGGUCAGCAAGCUAGCUGGAGACACCAAGAACCUGCUGAGGGCUGCCAAUCGCCACAUCAUCCAGAUCGAGAGUGCGGAGGAUGUCAUCGCUGGUGACACCAAUGCUGACCCGCAGUCUCAGACCGCCAUGUCCCUGCCAUACAUUCCAAAGACUCAGACCUCCUAUGGCUUCGCCACGCUGACGGAGAGCCCCCACACCCGGCGGAAAGAGUCACUGUUCCACUGUGACCAUGCGAGCCCGGUAACCUCGCCCAGCGUGCCACGGAAGUCCCAGGCCAAGAGCGGCAUCGAGGGCAACCACCUGAACCCGCUGGACUUCAGCACGGCGCAUGUCAACCCGUACCGCUACUUCAGCGGCGGCGAGAGCGACACGUGUUCCUCGGCGGAAUCCUCGCCCUUCAGCUCGCCGCUGCUGUCCCGCUCCGCUUCCCUGCUCAAGCUUUUCACGCACGAGACGCAGGCCAAGGCGGUGAAAGCCAAGAGGACGUUCGCGCGCCACAGCUCCCUCUCCACGGACGAGUGCAGCUCGGCCGAGCCCAGCCCCGGCGUGUCCAGGCGUAUGCACCGCCCGCCAGGCGCCGGCCUGCCGCCCAACCGCCCGCACGCCCGUGAGUGGCAGCAGGAGCACACGGUCAAUCUCCACAAGGGUGGCGCUGUGCGCCUCUAUGCCGACUACGAUGCCGGUGCCGCACGGCUGCGCGUGCGCAUCCUGGCUGCCGAGGACCUGUACAACCAGGCGGUCGACGUGAAGAGCAUCAACUGCUGCGUGUCGCUCUACCUCAACCCCGGCAAGCUGCAGAAGCAGAGGAGCACCAUCAUCAAGAACAGCCGCAACCCCGUCUUCAACGAGGACUUCUUCUUUGAUGCUAUCAGCCCGGUGCAGGCCAAAAACCUGGCGCUGAAGAUCAAAGUGGUAAAUAAGGGUACGAGUCUGAAACGGGACAGCUUGGUGGGGGAGAGGGAAGUCCCCCUGGGAAAGCUGUUGUCAGGGCUCUAAUCCCGCACAGGGGCUUGAGGUUGUGGGGGUUGAGUGGGCUAACGUAUCUUUAGUGUAAAUAUACUGCUUCCAUGUACCAUUUCCUCGCACUUCACUGGACAGUCACAGAGCUACUUCACGACUCAUAACUACCAGCACACUCUAGGGGCUUGGUAUUUCCAGUACGUAUAUGUUUACAUUUGAAUAUGCUGUGGAUAGAAGAUAAAAUUAUAUUGCAUCUUCAUCUAUGUACUUAUUUGUAAGUGUAUUUGUGAUGCAGAGAGAACAUUUGCCUUUUGAUAUCAAAAGUGUUUGCCCUUGGUGUGCUGGACCUCGGAAAUGACACAAUGACCCAGUCUGCAAAUGCAAACGCUGGCUUUGACCCCGCAGGCCAACCAAUGUGGAAGAGGAACGCGGUGGAAGAAGCUGCACCGGAAGUUGCGCCAUUGCACCAAGACGCUGACUUAAAUAUGGAAGCAUGAUGGCAUAUGCACACCUUCUGUAAAUAGCUUUGUGAGACCCAGAGAAGCCUUCCUGAAGAGGGACGAGCAUCGCAUGUCCUCACCAGCCCAGACCAGCCUGUCGAGCUGCGCAUGCCUUUGUUUGUGUAUUCGGACUAAUUGUCAUAUCUGGUGGCUGUGUUUGUUACCUGUCACUAUAUGCUGGUGAUAUUUUAUAAAGUCUUCAUCCUGCAAAUUUUAUCCGUUUAAUCUUGAAAACAUUUCCUUGCACGCUAAAUGGAACCGAUGAAAGAUAGUGAAGCAUAGCGGACCAUGAUUCAGUCCAAACAUUUAAGCACUAUGUUGUUAGUGUGUUUUUUUUUCCUUAGUAGACACCAUAUAAAAUCAUGAAUUGAUGUAUACAUUGGUCCCAAGUUCUCAGGAAACUGAUUUGUUUAGCCUUGGCACAACACUGCUUUGGCGCCAGUGUGUUCUAAUGUAUGUAUCCUGUUAUCUUAUACGAGAGUAGAGCCAAUGAUGUGAGCAUCACUGUGGCACUAUCGCGCCCUUGCUAAUGCACAUGGAAACGCAGCUCUUGGGUGUGAAACUUUUGCGCCAGUACUUGCUGCAUUCUUAAUGUCUAAAUACUACGAUAUUUGUAGAUAAAUCACAUCUGGAGCACACAUCUGCAUCUCACAAUUUAAUGUCCGAAAUGAGUGGUUAGAGUGCUGGAACUCAUUAAAAUGCCCCACAAGACGGGCAGAAUAACCUUGCCAUUGAUCAGCCCUGUAGCGUGCUGACGAUCCCUCCCUAAUAAAUCAUGAAAUGCUACUUAAUUAAACAAGAGGUGAAAGGUUUUUAACCUGCAGAUCUUUUUCCUUUCCAUCUUUUUUUUUUGCCUCAUGAAAAGCUGCGCCUUCCAGAGCCAUUAAUGUGCUUGAAAAGCGUGCUUAUACUCGCUCUUACCGCCACUUUUACCCGAUUUUGGCUCAGAGCCGCUCGUCUUCCUGUUGCAAUAGCUUUUCAAAGCGCCGAUCCAACGUACUUGACGUAGACACUGUUUUGCUGACGUGAUGUUGAUUCUAUCAACUCUGGUAUUUUGUAGUUCGUUUACAAACUGUUAUUUUUAGUGUGCUUGACCGACUUGCUGUGUUUGAAACUGUGAAAUGCUGAAUGGGUGAUUGGAUGUGCUAUAUUUGUGGCAUGCUCUUUACAGUUUUGCAUGGGUACUGGAACAUUUAAUGUAUAUGCUGAAAAAUUACAGGUUUGUGGUAAGAGUUUUAUUUUGUGCACUUUUGUUAAUGUAAGUAAA